GUUCCGAAAUUAUCGCUAAUGUGUUUGUGUGUCUUCAAUGUACCAGAGUGAUGUAAUAUUAUUCGUUAGAGCUAUCCACCAGAAUUAGCAGUAUUAUCUUUUCUAUACAUUAUUUUCAUAAGGCCUUCUGCCUUCAUAUCCAAGCAUAUCACUUCAGUGACCGAUCCGGAUCAUCGCUACUUUACAGUAAAUUUUUACACUUAGCCACUGACCACUAGGCGUGACCAUGACUAUAUAAACCCCCAGAACAGCACGGUGUUCUCAUAGUUACUUUAGCGACCGGUCAUCGUAGUAUAUGUACACGUACACACGUAGACGCAGUGAAGCAUUGACAGUUGUUUUUUGGUAAGACCACGUGUUGAAUUGAUUUGAAAUGAGACUUGAAUUGUUUUUUGACUAGUUUGUAACCUUUUUUGAAGUGGCUUGGUUAUAGUAACGUUGUUACUAUACGAAUUUUUUCUGCUUUUCAGAGCUUUUCGAUACGACCUCGUCGUUUUUCGGCCAGCCACGCCGCCUUCUUUCAUUUGUCGUCUCUGUCUCUGGUGACUUUUACUAUUGAAAUUAUGCCCAGAAAACGGAAGGACGAUGUCCUAUCCAUUCCUAACUCCUCUAGUGAGGAAGAAUUUUCUGGCUUUGAGCCCGAGGUUGAAAAACAGAAAGCCCCUCGGGGCACCGCAAAUAAGCAUUUAUCCUCCGUUGUAACGAAAGUUACGAAGGGAAGUAACUCUAAUCAGUCUGAUAAGCCUACUUCCGGUGUUAAAGAAAAUUCACACAGCAGGGAAAAAGAAUCAGAUAAAAGGUCAGAAAACGUUAUUAAUCUUGAUAACUUGACAUCAGAGUCCGUUGAGAAGUUAAGAUCUAUCUUGGGUAUUCAAAAUUCUGACCAAAACCCUCCCCUUAUAGAAAGUAACAGUUAUAACGAAUACGAGUAUGACGACGGAGAAUUGUCGGAUACUGACCGGACUUCCUUGUACAGGGCAAAUUUAGCGGAUAACAUAGGCGAUAAUUUGUUUAGGGAUGGUAAUAAUGAUGGUGACAACCCCGAGGGAGAAGUUGAUGAGUUUAGUUGGAAUCUCCCAAAAUUAAAAACCCCUGACAAAGGCGAAGCUGUCAGUAAUUCUCUGGCAGAUUUGAUCAACACUGCCUGUACUAACCAAUGUCAAGUAGACAACAUUAUUGAAAAAUACAAAGUCCCAUCUAAUUGCCAAUUUAUGGGGGCCCCUCGUAUAAACGAGGAAAUUUGGGACGAUUUGACAAAAAUGAAAAGAGUACAGACUACUGAUAAGUCUUUGCGAGACAUCCAAAAUUUAGUAUGCACUGGCAUGCUACCAAUUCUUGAGCUAGCUAAGGUGUUGAAGACACAUAUUUCUACCCUUCCACUAGUUAAGGAUCUCAUUGCUGAUUCUAUCACUGUCCUGGGUCAGGUGCAGUUUAUGCUUAGCGUAAGGAGGCGUUACCUUCUUCGGCCGUCUUUAAAAUCCAGAUAUUCCAAUAUUUGCAGUAUAAGAACACCAAUAACAUCUUACCUUUUUGGUGACGAUAUUGCUAAAGAAUUGAAAAAAUGUGAAACAAGUGUAAAAAUUGGUAAAUACAAUUACAGUACUGGGUAUUCGCGGCCUAGACAGAGCAGUUUUGGCCCGUUUAGGGGCGGUCGUGGCAAACCUUACAGGGGCAGAGGUCAUCCAUAUGCCAAGCCGUAUUUUGAUCGACAACAACCAUACGGUCAGUUCGGAUAUCAGCAUAAUAUUGUGCCGAGAACAUCCAAGAAGAACGUGACCGCUACAGCGACAAAUGCAAGUGCCACAUGUAACCCAAACUAAAACCCCAGGGUUUUAAAGCAAAGGCUGCCGAGACACCGAGACAUCGUGACAUUACCACACAACGGGGCACACCAUCCAAUGGGCAAGAAUUUACAGCUAUUUGGGGCAAUUGUGUCAGAAAAUCCCUUAAGGAUCGAGGAGUUCCAGC